UCCUGCUUGACCUCCUCCUCUCUCAGAGUGACCUUUUGCUGAUCCUCCUCCUCUCUUAGGAUGACCGCCUGCUUUACCUCCUCCUCUCUCAGGGUGACCUCCAGCUUGAACCUCCUCUCUGAGUGACCUCUCCCUAUUUCAGGGUGGCCUCCUGCUCUCUCUGGGUGACCUCUUGUUUGACCUCUCAUUCUCUCAGGGUGAUCUCUCCCUAUUUCAGGGUGGCCUCCUCCUCUCUCUGUGUGACCUCUUGCUUGGCCUCCUUUCUUAGGGUGACCUCCUGCUUGACCUCCUCCUCUCUCUGGGUGACCUUCUGCUUCACUUCCCACUCUCACAGGGAGACCUCCUACUUAACCUCCUCUCCUAGGGUGAUCUCCUGCUUUGUCUGAGUGACCUCCUGCUUGACCUCCUCCUCUCUCUGGGUAACGUCUUGCUUGGCCUCCUCUCUUAGGGUGACCUCCUGCUUGACCUCCCACUCUCGCAGGGAGACCUCCUACUUAACCUCCUCUCCUAGGGUCUCCUCCUCUCCUGCUUUGUCUGAGUGACCUUUUGCUUCUCCUCCUGCUUGAUCUCCUCCUCUAUUAGGGUAGUUUAUAGUGACUUUGUGGAUUCUAACUAUGAAAGCUGACGACAUCUGCUCUCCUCAGCAUUCUGGGAAGAGCCAAGUGUCAAGUAAAGCACUAUAGUGAUCUCAGCAAUGUAGAGUACCCAGUGCAAUAAAGUAACAUUCCUCCUGAAACCACAGUGCAACAUUCAUGACAGGGGAGGGGAGGCAGAGGGAGGUGAUUGUCUGAUAACUUUUAAAGUGAUUUUUAGUCUUGAUGGUGUCUCUGUUAAGUUGCCCUUACCACACUGGUGCAGCUAGCUUCUUUUGGCAGUUCUGUUGCAUUGCACUACUUUGCCACUGGUGGGCGCUGCAGGGCAUCAUGAGUCAGAAGGUAUGAGCCGGCAGACCGCACAGCCUGCUGCUAAUACCUCCCCCUGCCCCGAGCAGGAUCUGCCAUUGUGACGGCGAUGAGGACAGCCCGCUGAUCAGCCCCUGCCUCUGCACUGGCAGCCUGCGCUUUGUGCACCAGGCCUGCCUGCAGCAGUGGAUCAAGAGCUCAGACACGCGCUGCUGCGAGCUCUGCAAGUACCACUUUGUCAUGGAGACCAAGCUGAAGCCUCUCAGUAAGUGGGAGAAGCUGCAGAUGGCGCCCAGCGAGCGGCGGAAGAUCGUGUGCUCCGUCACCUUCCACAUCAUCGCCAUCACCUGCGUGGUGUGGUCCCUGUACGUGCUCAUCGACCGCACCGCCGAGGAGAUCAAAACAGCCAGAAGAAUUCCAGGGAUUCUGGAGUGGCCCUUCUGGACCAAGCUGGUGGUGGUAGCAAUCGGCUUCACGGGCGGACUUGUGUUCAUGUACGUGCAGUGCAAGGUCUAUGUGCAGCUGUGGCGUCGACUCAAGGCCUACAACCGAGUGAUAUAUGUGCAGAAUCGGCCACAGGUGCCCAGGAACAUCGUAUUCCAGAAGCCAGCGCCCAGCGAGCCUCCCUGUGACAAGGAGGCCUUGGCACCCAUGCAGCCGGACACAAACUCGUCCCAGUACACGGAGACGGAGGACUACAGUGUGGAAAUCCUGCACAUCUGAGUGGCUUUCUGCAGCGCCCCCUGCUGGAACUGUACUGCAGUGGUCAGUGGUAGCACUGUGGUGGGGACUUUUGGCAAUGGGCAUGACUGUGAGGACCAGGCCGUGAGCAGAGUCCCACGAUCCCAGCGCUACACAUCCCUCAUCUGCUCAUGCACUUUUUAUAUAAAUUGCUUUAUAACGUGUAUGUAACUUAAAGAGGAAAACUUGAAGUUCGGCUGAAAUAUUCCUGUUUUCUAUGGCUUUUGUAUCCCAGACAUAGGUCUUUGUCAGAGAAGGGAUUAAGAACAACAAAUUACUCCAGAAGUGCUCGUUCCAGUUUUCAAAAAUAGUGGGAGUUGUACCUAGUCAGAAAUACCUGGGUCCAAGAAUGAUUUUUGUAUUUGUUACAUAUUUAUAUCAUGUUGUAUUUUGACCACUUUGAACCAAUCAGAUCUUGUCUUUUGCUUGAGGGCGUGACAGAUUUUACACGCACUUUCCAUAAAGAAGGAAGGAAGUUUCCUGCAGUUAGGAUGACGCAAACCUCGGCUGAGCUGGUUGUCUGCUGUAGGACGCAGGACACCUGUAACCUUUGACUUCUGUGCGUUUGUCUAUUUUUAAUCGUGAGUAUGUUAUUGAAGAUCUGUUCUUCAUUCUGUUUAUCUAGUUUGUGUAUUUGUAAGCCUAUUGAUUUUAAUGUUGCUAAGUCAUGACCCAUAAUUCAUCUGUAAUGACCCCUGCAGGCCUGUUGGCUGACUUCAUCUGACAUGACCUUGAUAAGUCAGUAAGCCAGCAGCUGUUGCCCUGUAUUGUUCUUUGUCUUUAGUCCCUGCUGUUGUACUCUGUGUCCAGGCUGUGAGGCCUUGUGCGGAGCAGAUGGUGUAGCCUUUGGCCUCUCUGGGUGGAAGUCUGAGAGUACAGCCUUUCUCUCUGGAGGUUGUAGCCAGAGAGCCCAUACUAGAUCAGCGCUCUCCAGAAGCAGUGUUUUCUGAGAUCAGUCUCCAUAAUACAGGGGCUCUAUUUGUAGCAAGCGUAACCCUAACACUAAGCAGAGUGGUUUUCUCUGCAUUUUCAUGUUGCCUUACCUGCUGUUGCACUGAGGACCAUUUCAGGCAUGAGAACAAUGCUGCCAUCUGUUGAGGAAUGUUAUGGCGUCCCAGUAUACAUUGUCAAACAGUUAAAAAAAAAAAAAAAUAAAAAAAAAACUGCUUUUAUUGUAAAUCAGUAAUUGAGAAAAAUCUGGGUUUGGCCCACAAUCACCAUAACCCGCUUUUCUGUCUCGGUAAGUGUGACCAGUAGCCUACAGACUGUGUGCUGUUAAGGUGUUUGGUUUUCUGUGCCCUCUGGUAAAUGUCAGUCUUGUGAAGUGGUAAUUGAGGCUUUUGAUAAUGACCGAGGAGCAGGGCUCCAUGUGUUGUUGGAAGGCUCUGAAGUGGCCAGAGGCAGUGAAACAGUUUCACAGUUAGGAAUCCUGGCCAUGCGGUGGAGCCAUAUGUACUGUUUGGCUUGUUUUCAUGGGACUUGUACCUUUAAUAAAGUCAUUUCCAAAGUAACCAUUCAUAUUCACUUAAUGCAAGCGAAGCCUCUGUGCCAGGUGACAUUUUAGACAGCUUUCCAAGCCUUUGCUAUGGUUAAUAACUCUGUCUCUUUCAUAUGAGGCUGUGUAUGUGUGUGACUGAUAUGUCAAUCAUCCGACCCUGUUAGCUCUUAUUACUGUACUGAUACUGUUCCACACUCUGUAACUUUACUUUGUGACUUUGAGUCCUUUGUGUUUGAGUUGAGUGUGCUAUUUAAAAUAUUCAUGUUGGCGUUAUUUUCAAAAUGUAAUAAAGUUUAAUAUUAACAC